GACCACUUUGACAGUUGACGUGCAUUUUUUUGGUGUCUCAGGCAUUUUUCCUGAAUCAGUGCAAAGUUUAUCAGUGAUUUUCAUCCCUUUAUUCAACUCUAAAACAAUGGAGAGCAUCACGGAGAAAUUUGUGAGUUUAAUGGCUCGACCCGGCCAGGAAAAUGUUCCCAAAGAUGAUGUCCCUUGGUAUCUCAAGUAUGGUGCACGAGUUCUUGGAAUUGUUGGAGCAUUCUUUUGCGUUCUUUUUGGUCUCUGGAAUUGCGUGAGCAUCGUUUUUGGGGGCGUUGGAUGCCUGGUAUCAGGAGUUCUGCAAGUAUGUCUUGGACUUCUAGUGUUGAUUGUUGAAGCGCCCUGUUGCUGCAUGUUCGUUGACUUUGUCCAGAAGGUAGCCGAUCUGGCAGACUCCAAGCCAUAUUGGUAUCGAGCUGCUAUUUAUUGUGUCAUUGCAAUACCGCCAGUUGCUUUAUGCCCUGGAUUGGGCAGCAUUUUUGCAUGUGGCCUAAUUUUUGGCACUGGUGUUCUCUACGGGAUGAUGUCAUUGGGCAAAAAGGCAUCUCUGCAAGAAAUGCGAAAUGCAGCUGUUGCUGCUGACAACAGCAGACCAAUUCAGACAACAUCGGGCAUGCGAUCGAAUCUUGUGGACAAUGCUCAACCUGUCGCAUUUACAGGCCCACCUGCGUAUGAUAGCAAUGUUUGAUAAACUUAGCCAAUAAUAGAAAAGACGUUUUACCUGUUAAGAAAUAGAAUGGAUAAUGUGCUGAGAUCCAGAAUAAUCCAGGUAUGUUAACAAAAUUACAUUUCAUUGAAAAAAAAAUAGAUUGAAAAUACACUCAAAGAACACUAGAGAAAAAAGUGAGAGAAAUGAUGAGAAAAUGAAGAUAAUAUAUUUUAAAAAUAAAUAAAUAAAAAUACAUAACGAUUAAACUAGACAUGUUGAACUUAAUGUUAUUUAUUGAUGAUUAAUGAGAAAGAAAAUUGAUAGAACAAAAUAUAGAGACGAAAUAAUUAUUGAAAAAAGGUUGCUAAAAAAAAAAACAAAUAAAAAGAUUUACACAUUAGAAAUUUUACAAGACUUAUAAAAAAAACACAAAAAUGUGAAGGUUUAGAAAGAUAAAUAUAUUUUAAUUUUUUCAUUAGAAUAUAUUUUUUUCGCAGAUAUUUUGUGAGAUUAUACACAUUUUAAUUCUAAUAUUUUUUCUCCUUUAUAUUAUGUGAUAAAUUAACUAAGAAAACUAUCGAAACAAAGUAAUUUUGAUUAUUCAUUUUUCCAUAUUAUUUAUUAUUUUUUUUCUUAAUUUGAAUAAUCAUUAAUUUUUUUUGGGGUUUUUUUUUUGGUUAAUUUGGAUGUUAUGGUUGUUAAUGGAAAUGUGAAAAAAAUAUCUUCCCUUUUCCGACACGCAAAUUGAUUUUUUUUUAAAUGAUCAAUUUUAGCAAAAUAAUUUAUUCAGUUAGUAAUAAUUUAUUUGCGCAAAAACUCCUUAUUUUUUGUGGAUUUUUUGAGUCAAUUACGCAGUUUGUUAAUUGCAAAGAGACAAGAGAAAAUAAUAUUGUGUCGGCGAUAAAAAUAUUAAUAAUAAAAAAAGUCGUAUGAUAUAAUCACAUAAUUCCAUAUUGUAAUAAAUUAUUCAAAUUAAAAAAAGAAGUAAACGAAAAAAAAAUUGCUAGAAUAAUAAUGAAAUGAAGUUGAUUUAAGAUAUAAAAAAAUAUUAGUGGUAUUUCUUGAGAAAAAAAAUAAAAGAAGGAAAAUACAAAUAUAGUAAUUUACACGUGAAAAUUUAAUUAUUAGUAAUCAUGGGAUAUUUAGAUAGAUAAUCCAAGAUUCAGCAUAAUUUAUCAUCAAUCUUGGGAGUGCUUUCUUGGGGAAUACUUCAAUUGAAAUUCUUAAUGUUUGGAGAUUGCAUUAUCUUGUAAUUUCUUAUUUAAAUUGAGCCAAUAUUAUGGAUUUAUUCAAGCAGGUAAAGUGAGUGACUAACCAAUUAAACCUACCUACAGUCUGCUAAGUAAGAGCGUAAUCUGCAUAAAUGGCAGUAGACUUUGAAUAUUAUACUAUUUUUUUUCUGAACUAGAUGGCAUCAUUGUCGUCAAUGCUUCUGUCAUAAAAUAUUUAGUUGACGUCGAAUUCUAACCUCAAAAAUACGUUAUCCGCCUUGAUGGCGCGUCGCUCCAGAAGGCUCUUUUUCUCAGAUUUAACCCCAAAGAACCAAAAAUUUCACAACCAGUGACUGAUAAAUACACAGGAAACCUAGAACUGUUCAUCGUCAGGUGAAUUAAGUAAUUUAAAGAGUUGAGAAAUGUCGAUUACUUGUCAUAAUAUGGCUAAAACGGGUAAAAUGACGCGAAAUAUGAACAAAUUGGUAAUUUGUUUAAGAAUGCUCCAAUAAACAGUAAAAUUGAUUCACGAAGAGAUAGAAAUAUCGUAUAUAACCAUUCAAACCCAUUUCCAUUCGCAAAACCUCAAAUAUUGAAGUACAAUAGAGAAAAAACUGUAAAUCCACAAAAAAGAAAAACAAGAAUGCGUUUUUGAGCAAAUACAUAAUCACUCUUAAUUGAGCUAUUACAGUCGACAGAUGUAAAUUUUAAUUUAAAAAAAAUGGGUAGGGAAGACUGGGUCAAAAAGUCACAAGUCGAAAAUUUCAAAAUUCAAUAUCUUCCAAGACAAAAAACAUAGCGGAUUAAGAUUUUUCCUAAAGAUAGCCUCCAUAGACCUUCUUCAAAGUCGUAAGUUUCUUAGAAAUCAAACAAGGAAUUUAUAAAAAAAAAUAUUGAAAUUUUUAGUCAUGUUUUUUAAAAUAUUUUCCUUACAGCAGAUAUCAAUUUUUAAUAUAAAAAAUAUUUUUACUUAUUUAUUUUCCAAAAUUGAUGCACUACACUGGUGAAUAUUUCCUAAAUGAUUUGGAUUCUCUUAAUAUCGAAACCGCUAUCAGUUUUAGCAUUGUCUAAAGAUUCCUUUCUUCUGAAAUCCUUUUAUUAAAAAUGCCCACUUGGGGUAAAAAGUAAUAAAAGGGACAUGUAGUCCCGGGAUUAUCCAUAUCGGAAUUAUGCAAAUACAUUUAUACAUUUUCGCCUACCUUAAGGAGCUAAUUUGUGAAAUCAUUUUUGAAAUACCCAUAAAUGUAUGUAAAAUUUUUGAGAACGUUUUUCAUAAUAAAAUGCGUUUAUUAUGAACCCUUAGCGCUCAAAAUAACCCAAGAAAUUGACGUCAACAAUAUUUUUUGCAUAUUUCACGGUGUUUCUGUGACUUAUUCAAAAGAAAUCUCCUGAAGGUAUGCAAAAUUUCUGUAUGCAUAAAACCAUUUCGUGAGGUUUUUCUCGGUCCCGAAAAUAUGCAUAAUCCUGAAACCCCCUGUACGGGGUAAAAAGUAACAAAUGCCCGAAGCAAUUUCUGAUGGCUCACGGCGAAAAGAAACGUCAUUGCCAUGUGUCGCUGCUUGUUGUUGAAGACAGUGAUGGUAAUGAAGAUCCGAAAAAAUUAAAUACAGUAGAGUUCCUCAAAUUUGAACAUUUGGGGGGUGUAGGUAGGUGACAUUUCUCACUCCUCAAAUUUGAACAAUAUUUUCAAAAACGUAACGGAAUUCAUGUGAAAUGCACUUUCCCUAAAUUAAGAUAAAUAACUUUAGAGAAUAUAUCAAAGUAAUUCGUUGUGAAAUAUAUAGAAUUUGUUGCGGAAGUUAAUAUAAUGCGAUAAUAAUGAGGAAAUAACAGAGAAAAAUAGUUGUAAUUCAGACUCCAAGCAAAACUUUCUUCACAUAACCUCAAAUUUUACAUUUUGAACUCAACCGUCGUUCAAAUUUGAGGAACUCGACUGUAAUACGAACAGUCCAAUGUAUAUUCUGUAUAUUCUGGAGGAUAAAUAUUCUGUCGAGCUUUACUGAAUCUAAGAUAUUUAAUUUAAAAAGUUUUAAAAGGACGCAAAAGACUUCUUUCGAUCAUUUAUUUUUGUUUUGUUUUUAUUCUGCACUUAAGUGACAUUUACUCAACAAUUUUUCGGCAAAUUUCGUCAAAUUCAACUCGCCCAAUUCGGUAUUUUCGCCUUUUCAGAAUGGUUGAACAGAAUUUUCUUGCCAGAAAUAGUCUUUGAAAAACAACUUGAAAAGCGCUUUUCUCGUUCAGAUAGAGGAAACGCUGUUCUACAAAGGUGUAGAGGAAUAAAUUUCCUAUGAAAAUAUGUCAUUUAGGUAUUUUUUAAACUUCCGGGAGCCUGUAGUAAAGCGAAUUAAAAUGUGAUAAUUUUACCCCAUGCCUGAUACUAUUUGUUCCAGCAUUUUUGAAACUAGUCACAAAAUUAUCUUUUAGAAAGCGGCUAGAUAAAUUUAUAGUAAAUUGCUUAUAAAAGUGCACUAAUUAGAAAUUUCUAGGCCACUCAGGUAGCUUGUAAAAAAAAUAAAAUGUCCGUUUUGUGACUUUUUGCCCCAGUCAUCCUUAUUAAGCACGUGGUUCAAGUAAAUAGAGUACUUUUAAGAAUUUGACAGGACGAAUUCGUCUCAUUUUGAGGUCCUUACCGAAAAAUGUUGUAAAUUUUAGUGGAAUAUAGGGUAAGUGUGCCAAAUUUCGGCAUAGUUGCAUGCAAGCGUCAAAGUCUCAAGUUUCAAAUGUAAUAUUUUAAAUACAAAUUGACUUUUUUAUUCUUUCUUCUGAAAGAGUGUUGCUUGGAACCUUGUAAAGAGUUUACCGCCUUAAUUUACUCUAAAAUCAUUCUUAAUACAUUUUAAAAUGAAUAAAAAUAUAGACAUAGCUUUGGUGCCCUAUUUCGGCCAUCUUCAUUCUCAUAGUUCCUUGCCCUUUGGGAAUUCUUCUAAUAUCUCUUUCAUCUCGUUUGUCGAAGCUACAUUAUUUGUUAUUCUUUUGCAUUGUAUAAUUUCUAGAGUACGUAAAAUCUAAAAGUUCAAGGAAAUUCAAGGAACAAAAAAGGUGGCCGAAAUUGCAAGCUGGCCUGAAUUUGACACACUUACUUUACCUCGGAAAAUCAGGCAAUUGUCAAUGUCGGUGUGGACUGGAACAAUUAUAAGGGAUCAAGCAUUUUGGUCCUUAAGAAGUACAAUAAAUUAAUGCACUUGAAAAUCAUUAAACAUAAAUUCUUCUAUACAUUAGCCCGAUUACGCUCUUACUUAACAGACAAGAGUCUUUUUUUCUCAAUUUUUAAAUAUAUUUUUUAAUACUUUUAUUUUAUUUGUGGAAUAAAACUUUUCUGUGGAUCUAAAGUAUCCUAAAUAUUUUCCUCUCAAAUUAAAUACUGUGACGAUACAUUUUUCAUUACUUUAAGUGAAAUAUAAUAUAAAUUAUACUACAUUUAACUUGCCACAAGUUUGUCCAGAGAAUUUCGUCAAAACACUUUUGUAAACGACGUCAAUAAGAAUUUAGUAUAUGCAAUAAAAACUUGAUAACGACCCACUUGAGCGACGUGUAGUAUUUGUUUUCUAAAUAAGAAAAUGAAAUGCAAAUAAAUGAUGAAGGAUAUUUUUAGUGAAAUGGAAUUUCAACAGAAGAAUUCCUCCUAGAACACCCUCAAUUGAAUUAUUGUAGAAGUUAAUAAAAAAAAAAUAACGUAAAAAAGAUAUCAUAUAGCGUUAAUUCUAAAGGCUUCAGUAAUUAAAUUUUUGGUUUUGUGGAAAUUAUUGAGAGAUUAAGAAAAGAAACAUUCCAUUGCAAAUUUUAGAUAUGACUUCCAAGGUAUUGUUCCAUCAAUGAAACAUACAUAUCGGAAAAGAAAGACGUUUCAUCAAUAAUUAUUAAAAAAAAAAGAUAGAAAAGAAAAUGUUAAAGGUCUACACGGUCUACACACAUUACACAAAAUACAAAAAAGAAAAUUAGCAAUUAACGGAAAAGGCUUAAAUAAAAUUUUUGCUUAAUUUAAAUUAAAUUUAAAAGAAAAAAAUAUGAUAUUUGCUCAUCAAGAUGUCAAGAGAAAAAGAAAAAAAAAACAAAUCAGGAAGUGCUUGAUAGUAUCAAAUUUCAAUAAUUAUUCUAAUGUUGAUAUUCACGUGAACAUUUUUUUCGUUAUAAAAUAUUAGAAGAUUAUUUGCUAAAUCCAUAAUAAGCAAAGAUAAUCCAAAAAGUCGUUCUUUUUUUUUCUUGAUGUAAAUGUAAUGUACUAAAUGUGUAUAAAAAAAAUAUAUAUGUAUAUACGAUAA